UUUAUUGCGUAUAACUUCUGGCUCGCGCUCUCCCUCUCCUCCCUGUUGCUAUGGGAACAGGGCCGGACCAGGUGGGGCCACUGGCUGGCGUCUUCUCGGUCACGUGGGUCUGUGGCUGAGAAGCAGUGGUGAUUCUGCAUGCACUCAACGAGUUCACGGAAACAACCUGCUCAACCGUGAUUUCUCGUCGACUUACGAUUAAAUUGAAGGUGGCGUGAUUUUGUCACCCGAGCCGUGGGGCGAGGCGGUUCAAAGUACAAUCAUUCAGCGUUGAACUCACAAUGGAAACGAAUUUUUAAGGAACAGAAAUGAUGUUGUUUGCGGACGUUUUCUGGAGGAAGUAUCUUGACUCCACAUUGUGACUGUUCACGAUAUAUUUUUGUGUUAAACUGAUUUUUUCCCCCUCUUUAUUUCUUUUAAACAAGGAUUUUAGUAGAAGGCGCAUUCAGUGGCAUGGACUUGUAGCGUUGACGCCAGAAUAUUUCUGUUCCCUCCGAGGACCGGGGCAGUCAGCCGGAGGAAGAACACCUCUGAAAAAUGAUGCAUCAUGGAGUCUGAUCAUCUAAACUUCGAGCAACAAUUCCGUGUCGGGGAAAAUGACAGCGUGGGAAGCAGCAAGGACGAGGAGAUAACAGACUGCUGCUGAUGAAACAUAGCCUCACUCUCCCUGUUUUGUUGUGAAUGUUUGACUCUUCUGUUUGUGGACGACACACUCACCUAAAGGACCUGGAGGACGGGACGACAGUGUGUGUUGUGAUGCUUCUUCUCCAUUUCUUUUCUGGUGUCAGUUUUGGUUUCUCCAGCGAGAUCUGUGCUAUCCCAGAAUGCCUCGUUUUGAAGACGAACUGUCCAGCCGCUAUGGAGGCAGCUGUCCCACGGGCCCGGCCAGAGGGGCCAGCCGGCAGCCGGGCCCUCCGGGGGUGCAGAGGAUGUACAAGCAGACGAUGGCCCAGAGAGCUAGGACCAUGGCUAUUUACAACCCCAUUCCGGUCAAACAAAACUGCCUCACCGUUAACCGCUCCCUGUUCAUCUUCAGUGAGGAUAAUGUCAUACGGAAAUAUGCCAAAAAGAUCACCGAAUGGCCUCCAUUUGAGUACAUGAUCCUGGCCACCAUCAUAGCAAACUGCAUUGUGCUGGCUUUGGAACAACACCUUCCAGCCUUAGACAAAACACCGAUGUCAGAGCGUUUGGAUGACACAGAGCCCUAUUUUAUUGGAAUAUUUUGUUUCGAGACUGGCAUCAAGAUCAUCGCCUUGGGCUUUGCCUUCCACAAAGGCUCCUACCUGCGUAAUGGCUGGAAUGUAAUGGACUUUGUGGUGGUCCUAACAGGGUGA